AUGGUCGUCGAAGAGGAAGAGGAAGAAGUUACCGACGACGACACAGGUGCGACCGUGGUCAUCGACGCUGCGUGGGACGAUGCCAUCGACACGAGCGGCUGUGGCGACGGCCCGCUCCAGUGGGCAUGGGUGGAUGCCCCUACUGUCGAUGCUGAUGGCAAGGGCUGCGUGUUGCUUGACUCAGGCGGUCCAAGCGGUGCAUGUACUGAAGUUGUCGUUACUGUGGUCGUUGUGGGUGCUGCUUCUGCCGCUGAUGCGACCAUCGCCGAGUGGGUUGCUUGUCGCGUGUAA